AUGACUUCAAUAAAUUUACAAUCGACAUCUUCAUCGACAAACAAUAUUUACCGAACUGCUUCAUCGCCAGCACUAAAUUCAGCCAAUUCACCAGCAAUAAUGCAAGAGACGUCUAGUUUGCAUAGACAGGCAGUGUCAACAUUGGCAAGAUUAAGUCCUAGCAUACAGCGUUCACCUCAAAAUACAUGGCGAAGACGUAUUAUGCCAAACAUGGAGAAACUUAAUUUGUAUGGAAAGUAUUUGAAGAACGCAGCAAUUGCAGCAGCAGGGGCUAAUGGUGUCGUACAAAUAGCUGAUGCAGUAUUUUCAAACGAAAGUGAAGAAAAAGCAAAAGACUACGAUGAAGAGACUACCACUACAACAACAACCACAACAACAGCUCCAGAACGAUACAAUCCGCUUGCAUCAACAACAACGUCCAAACACAAUUCAACAUAUAGUGUUUCACCUACAAAUGCAACUAUAACACACAAAUACACAUAUAGUCGAAAAUUCAAAACGGAUACAAAUGCAAUCAUGAGAGCGUCAACAACAACAUCUACAACACCCAAAAUGAAUACGAAAUGGUCGACUCGUAGAACAACUACAAAAACAAUGACAACAACAAAUCGUGUGCAUACAUUCAAACUUGGAACAACCACUGUUCCAUCAACUAAGAGAACAACAUUACAUAUUAGUUUAUUGCCUACGAACACUGCAACAAGUAAUAGUACGACGCUUGAUCAUACAUCGUUUGCUGUGACUGCUUCGACUAGGAUUACAACAACUACUACAGUAAAUAGCAUUGGUGAACGUGAAUCAAUAAUGUUAACAUCAAUAAUAAGUAUUCCAUGCGAUGUGAAAAAUCCAUCUCCAUUAAAAAGCACCAACGAUAACAAUAUUCAAGUGAGAAAAUCUCGAGACAUACCAAUUCCAUGGGGCACAUUUGGCAGAAUAAGUGGAUAUGCUGUUGGAAUGACUGCAGCAGGCGUCGUUACAUCGGUUGCGGAUGCUGCAAUACAUAAUGCAAUGACCGAUAAUGAAAAAUUGGUUCGUAGAAAGCCUGAUUGUAGAGAGAGCAACUAUGGAUGUGCACAAAAUUUAUGUUGGACAAAUUGUGGUCCACGCUUAGAUUUUGGAGAUUGGUGCUACACAAAAAAUAAUAUUACAAAGAGUCUUGCAGUGAAGUUUGUUGAAUGUAAAGAUGAUGAUGAUUGCGAUCCGUGUUGGAAGUGUGCAGGCAGUUGUACGUUCGACGAUGGAAAUAAUUUAGCAAAAACACCAAAUUAA